GACUGGAUCCUUUCAUCCACCAGUACAUGGGAAAGUGUGGGAACACGCAGCUGCUAUGCACGGGGGGGGAGUGCUUCUUGCACUUAAAUGGUCCACCAUGGAGCUGCACUUUUCAUUUUUGGGCUUACAAUUUAGUGGUGAUAGUCUACGACCAGAGGUCUUCCUUUAUCUUCCAUGCAGGCUCACCUGAUGUUUUCUUUAACAACUGUGGAACCGCAGGCUGUUAGCUUGGUAUUUGUUGGAUCCUAAAGAGCAACUAGAAGAACACAUUUAACCUCUGCUAUACUUAGUGGAGCAGUACAGGAAGUUUUUUCUUUAAAGAGUUAUUGGUGCUUUCCCUAGCACCAGUAUGCCAGACAGGAUUUUGCUAUUUGAAAUAAUUUGUCUUAAAGCGUUGGAAAGGAUGCGUCCUUACCUAUGCGAUAAAAUCAUAGCCGAGAGACACUUUGAUUACCUACGUUCAAGGAAAAUACUCACUAGAGAGGACACAGAAGAAAUUUCUUCUCGAUCUUCCAGUAGGAAGAAAACUGGGAAGUUACUGGACUACUUGGCAGAAAACCCAAAGGGACUAGAUGCUUUGAUUGAAUCUAUCAGACGGGAAAGAACACAAAACUUCCUGUUACAAAGGAUAACUGAUGUAGUGUUGAAGGUCAAAAAUGAAAAACUUGAAGCUCUCAAAGGUCUAAGCUGUAGCACCUGUAUGACUUCACUGUAUGGAGGAACAAAUAAUCUUUCUAGAUCAUAUUCUGAUGAAUCUAAUUUUUUUGAUAAAACAAAAGACAAAGAAUCUACCCAGAUACAUCACCCAGAAGAAGAUCACAGCACCGCCGCGUUUGUGUCUGCUGUCUCUCUUCACUCAAUGAAUUUACCAAUCACAGAGAUGGGAAACGCAGAGAGUGCUGUUUUCUCAGCCACCCUUCCAGGGCCUGGAGACCCUGGUGCUCCCCCACUCCCCCCAGAGCUCCAGGCAGAGCAGCAAGAACCAUGUAGUAGUUCAAGUGAAAACUGCUUUCUGCCUUUAAGAUCACGUUCUGUUCAGCCACAAUGAACGUAGUGACUUUUGUCUGUUCAUCCAGAUGGUACUGAAACUCUGUAUGAUGGCUCAUAAAGGUUAAAGCAAUGUUUUCAAAGUGUUAACUAGCAAAAUCAGAGGUAACAAUCCAUUUACUGGUUUUAAGGAGUUAACUUUUUUGUUU